ACUGACACUGCCGUUCCCGCCUCCAAUCCCACGCGUCCUUCUUUGGUCGUCGUACUACGAUGUGUCUGUCCCGACCGUACCUGCAGCCUCCCCUUUUCCUCCACUGUGUGCCCAAUCACGACACCCUCAAUGCCUGUUCACGAUAGCGCUGCCGCUGGGCCCAACAAGCGUAACAGCCCGAAUGACUCUCCGGCCGAUGGUGAGCGGGCCGCGAGCCUGGGUCACGCUAAUCGCGAAGGUUCUCAGGCGAAACGAAUGCGGCAGGACACGCCGGCGGUCAAGUUACUGCCGGAGCGUUACGAGCUGGCGGAUCCUCAGGAUAUUGCUGUGUUGAUCUCGAGUAUGUUGAUGGAGCUGAUCCGGUUCAACGAUGCGAUUUCCUUGAACCGAGGUCGCUUGACUCGAUUUCACUCGCGGUCGCCGCCGCGAAUCUCGGUGCACGACUACCUCCAGCGACUCACCACUCACGCUACGUUAUCUCCCCCAAUCCUCCUAAGCAUGGUGUACUACACUGAUAGACUCUGUGCUUUGUACCCGGCCUUCACCGUGUCCAGCCUGACGAUUCACCGAUUCCUUAUUGCGAGCGCCACAGUGGCUAGCAAGGGCCUAAGCGACAUCUUCUGGACCAACAAGACCUAUGCUCGGGUGGGCGGCGUCAGGAUGACCGAACUAGCUCUUCUUGAGCUGGAGUUUCUGUUCCGCGUAGAGUGGCGCAUUGUCCCCGAGCCGGAAGUGCUUGUAGACUACUACAAGAGCUUGGUUGAGCGAUCUGAUGGGUAUGCGAUCCACCGUGACAGUUGAUCCUUUCCUCAGAUUUGGCAUAUUUGACUGCCUGCGGGCUACGCACGGAGACUUGGAUCGCUUGCGAAUAUUUCGGGCCUUGGAUGGCAAGCUGAAGAUUUCUCUCUGAGGGUUGCGGAAAGUCGGUGUGUCUGUAUCAGUACAUAUCACGCGUACACGGACAUGGAGUCAAUACUGUUUCUGCAUCGUUUGAUGACGGGGAGCGAUCGAUAUCCUUUACGGCGCUGGUGAUGUCAUCACUUCAGGAAGUGGAAUACCGUUGCAUUUCCUCUAGCUUCUUCCU